CAGUCUGCACUCGCAUGUCCACGAGGUUGCUCGCACGGGCCUGGCGCCUUCCUCUUGUAAUCACCCCUCUCUUGCACCUGGCUCACCACGUUUAGUGCAUUACCAGAGACCCGUACCCGGGUGACCGAGCUACUAGUUGAGGUACUCGUCGGGUAUUAUCAUUCGUCGAGAGGUUAGGUCAGAGUGGCCUAUCGUGGCGGGAUUAUAUGACUCGUUUGAAUUUGAAUUCACCCGCGUCACAUCGUUUCGUCAAUCGAAUUGUUAUUCGUUUGUUGUUUUUUAAUAUACUAUAUCGUGAUUAACAAGUUUCGAACUACACGUUACGACAGUUGUCAAACGAGUUUACAAUUUAUCGAAGCUAUACAAGAACGUCGAACCGCGUGACAACCGCGCGUUGAGGUUAGGUUGUUCGCUGCUUAACGCGCCUUUUUCGAAUAGAUUGCUCGGGACUUUAUUCCGAUUUAAUCGAUUUAUACGGAUAUUAGUGUGAAGGAACUGUUGGUGAUAAGAACACGUUCCUAAGCGACGGAUAAGGACGAUGGGACCCGUGGAAAUAGAGUGAAUGUUUUCGAACGGUCGUAUUUCGUGCAGUGACUUCUUUGGUGUACAGCAAAAUAUGGAUAAUUCUGCGUAUGUGCCGAAUCAUCUACCGCCGCCAUCCCUGGUCGUGUUUUCACAGGCCGGGGGGCUGCCGGAGGCUCUGAGAAUGCAAAGACCCUUCAAUCCACAAGUGACCGACUCGAAGGAUCUCCAAGUACCGUUCAGCACCGCGGCAUCUCUCGGCUACGGCCUCCAUCAUAUGCUCCACCUGCCGCCCCAAUUUCUCCACCCUUUGGAUCACCGUUUGCCGUUCGGUGGGUUCAGGCCCCUCGGCCCCUCGGCCUUCGCCCCGCCUAGCAAGUGUUUGAAAGUAGAGACCGGGAACGGGCCCGUGGCCGGGUCCGGGUUGCCGAGCAUCGGCUCGCUCUCCACCAUGUCGAACAUGUUCUCGCCCUCGUCCCUGUCCUCCGCGAGCGGAGGCGCGGUGGUCUCCGUCUCCGGGGCGUCGGCGGGCAUCGGGGGCGUUGGAGGCGUCGGGGGAGGCGCGAGCGGCGCGUCCGGGCAGGAAGUGGCGCCCCAGAGCCCGGCCGGGUCCACGAGCCGAUCGCCAACAGGGACCGGGACCGGCUCCGUCCCGAAUCGAGGAACCACGCCGGAGGACGAGGAUCGGGACGCCAAUGCUACGCCCGGAUCCGAGAACACCGAGCGCUCCACGCCCGAGGAGGGACGCCCUUACAGACGUAAGAAGAAAUUUCCAUCGGAUCCAUCCUGCUGCCCGGCGUGCGGAGUGACCGUAAGGCCGCAGGAGCUCGAGCAACAUUUCGCCCAGGAGCUCGACAGACUUUACAAGAUAUCCUCGGCCUCCUCUCGAGCACGAGCUUCAAGGUCGAGCUUGCCACCCGGUCAUCCCCAGGAUCAUCCUCACGGCCCGAUGCUCCAUGCACCCUCGACCGCCGACGGCACCCCUCAUGGAAGGUGGGAGACUUACAAAAGGAUCAAGGCCAAUAGACAGGCCAGGAUCCGCGUGAAGAACCGGAAACGGAAAGCGGACGAGCCAUCCUGCCCCGUGUGCAGCGAGAGGCUGUCCGGCACGCCCGAGGAAUUGAACCAACACGUGGAAAGAUGCUUAAACAAACACAAUAACGGAAAUCCUGCUGGGCAAAACAAUUUGGACGAGGAGGAGGUGGACGUGGAGGGCGAUGCGGAAACUUUCGAGGAAUACGAGUGGGCCGGGCAGAGGAGAGUACGGGCGUCGUCCAUGCUCGUCGGAGGAUUUUCUGCCGCAGGUUUGGCGACGUCGUCGAGCAAUCGUUCGUCGGCCGGUGGCAACAGCGGAUCGAACCACCAGGAGGAGGAGGACGUGGAUCUGGUGGUCGACGGGGACGACGCGGCCGAGUUCGGGCCAGCACAGUAUUCCGAGGCCGACGUGGUCGCGCCUCGCAUGGACGGGACGCCGAGGGAGCAGAAGGAGAGAGACGCCCUUCGGGAAGCGGUGAUAUCGCCGAACGCGCCCAACACGCCUCACACGCCCGAGCAAAUCGGCCAAGGUUUGGUGGAGGUGAAGCCUGAACCGGGGACGACGACCCCACUCGGGCAGAGCGAGCAGGACGAGGGCGUCUCGACGUCGCCCAGAAGGGAUGGCGACACGCCGGUGAUCGAGGCGCUCAGAGGAAGGAUUCGGGAACUCGAGGCGGAAAUGCGCGGCCAACCGUUCAAAUGUCUCAUUUGUAUGGAGCAAUAUAAGAAACCGGUGACUUCUGUCUGCUGCUGGCACGUGCAUUGCGAGCAAUGUUGGUUACACACGUUGGGUGCGAAAAAGCUGUGUCCACAGUGCAACAUGAUAACGUCGCCUUCGGAUUUGCGACGUAUCUACAUGUGAAGGGAGUUGCCAACAAACAGGAAGCCGUUGGUUCCCGUGUUGUUCGUAGGGAAAAAUCGAUCGUGAAAAAAAAAUUUGGGGGCAGGGGUGGGAGGGGGGAAGUGAAGAAAAGAAAAGGAAAGAAAGGGAAAAAAGAGAUAAUGUUUCAAAAUGUUUCACACAAUCGUGUAAAUAUCUGUAUAUAUUUAUGCGUCACGUUAAAUUAAACUCCUUUUAGAUUUACCACGUACGGAUACGCACUGUAGCGUUAGUUUAAUUAAGCCGUGAAAGGCGCGCGUGAAUGAUGUCUCGAUCGAACCGAGUCAAGCAAUGUCGAUCAUGCUUUUAUAUCAUUCGUCACGCAGACCAAUUUUCAUUGUGCUAUAAUAUAUAUAUAUAAAAUACUUUCACGUUCCCAAUAAGUUAUU